AUGUCUCUUGACUCCUUGCCCGUGGAAGUAAUCUGUCUUAUUGCAUCAAAUCUGCCACGGUACAAAGACAAAUUGUCACUUGUACGAUGCAAUCAUAUGCUUCAUGAUGCUGCUAUCUAUGUCCUUCAUAAGCAAGACAGCUUGACUGCAAAUUAUGCACUGCGAUGGCUGCUAAGCAGAGGGUUUGAACUGGGAAUCCAGAAGAUAAUUUCACGCAACAGGCUAGACUUGAACAAGGCGGUGGUACCCCGGUACACCUCGAUCAACACACCUCUACUUCUUGCCGUUGGGUUCGGUCGUUCGAAUAUUGUGGAGCUGCUUCUGCGAAAUGGAGCCGAAGUCAAUCUCGCAACGGAUAUUUCCGCCUUGGAAUAUGCUGCAACCCUGGGGGACUACAAUAUGACUAGUCUACUCCUCAAGCAUGGUGCCCAUGUGGAUCGCGUGGGUGCAAAGCGCGGGUUAACUCCACUAGGUUGUGCUCUGGAACUUGGGUACGCAAUUCGGGAAGCCAAUCCGUACUUCCGACAGCUUGACACUCGCCAUGACUUGUCGAGGUGCAAGGCAGAAAAUGAAUUUGUUGCUGUGAUCCAAUUGCUGCUGGCUCAUGGGGCAGAUUCGCAUUUCCAGUCUGAUCAGGAAUCCCAGUCUACUUGCCUACACAGGAUUCCCGGGAGCCCAUGGAAAUCAACAGAGAAACUUUUAGGUCUGUUUCUUGCUUCUGGUGCUAAUUUGAAUGCACAAGACUGGACGGGGAACACUCCCCUCCACAUCGCUCUCGCCUUCAACGCAUUUCCAGCAGACAGAGAUGUCCAGAAGGAGUACGUGGCGUUGCUCUUGAAGUCUGGUGCAGAUGUUCAUCUACAGAACUGGGAUGGAGAGGUACCACUGGGUAUCUGGUUCGAGAACCCGGGGCUCUGGGAAAGUUUCUUGAAACCAGCACCAAAUACGCGUUGUCACAGUAAGAAAGGAGACAAACUGAUUUGGACACUUUUGAAGGUUACAUACCAAAAGCAAACGAAACACACAAGGCAACAUUUCAUCAAUAAUCUCUUGAUUGAGAUAUUAGUGGAACACGGGGCUUUGGGAGAUAAAAUGAUUGAUGACGAAGAAUGUCCAUUGGAUUUGCGUGCGGCAGGCCUAUACCCAGUGCUGAAAGAUUUGAAAAGCAAGAGAAGGGUGGCUUCAACCAAAACGGCUCAUAGAAAAACUCCCCAAAAGAAUGUAUCCAAGGCCCUGAUAGAUAGCGGAUCCAUCAGAAAAGCCACAGCACACAAGAAGACCAGGAGGCCCACGAAAAGGUUGCCCCCGAGAACUCCCAAGGCCUGA